CUAAUAUCUUAUUGUAGAAGGCCCUUUAAACUGCUGUUACCAUCAUCAGAUAAAAGCGAAGAAGUGACUCAUCGCAACUGCUUGCUUGUAUCCUCUCAUUCCGACAUCAUAUUGCCAGAAAGUAUAAAGAAACACGAAGUCUACAAACUGUCUCGCUCAUAAUGAAGUGGUUUACAGGAAGUAUUAACGAAGCUGUCGCAACGUCAAAAUCAAGAAAAGCAGUUUUUGUCGUAUUUAUCGAAGGCAAGGAUGACACAUCAGCACAAUUUGCUCAUACAAUUGAUACUACAGAAGUCUCUUCUCGUUUAGAGGAAGAUAGUUUUGUAGCUAUAAGAUUAGAGAGUGGAUCUGAGGCUUAUAGGUUCUUUGCACAGAUUUAUCAAUUGGUACCAGUACCAUCUUUAUUCUUCAUUGGAGAAAAUGGUACACCAUUAGAAAUUAUUGCUGGUAACACUACUGCAGUUGAAUUGGCAUCAAAAAUUGAUAAUGUUCUGACAAAAGCAGGAAAGAAUAGUAAACAAUCUUCUGUGAACUUAAUUGAUGCAGAACAGAAAGCUACAGCUGCUGCUAGCAGUAGUAAUAACAAUAUAGUUGAAACCACUGCAUGCAGUGUAAAUGAAACUAAAGCUAAUUCAAAUACAGAUUUAGUUUCAAUUCCAAAUAAUAUUCCAAAUAAUGAGGAAGAUGACACAAAAGCUUCAACUUCAGAAAACCAAGAUAAAGACAAUGAGGAAGCAUCAAAGACACAUGCUGAAAUUAAACAAGAAAAUCAGUCCAAAGAAUUAACAGCUGAGGAAAAAGUAGAAAGAGCACGCAAGUUAAUUGAGCUUCAACGAAAACAACGAGCAGAAGAAGAAGAAAGAAAGGAACGUGAACGCGAAAUUGAACGACGCAAAACGGGACGUGAUGUGCAAAAAAUGCGCCAAAUGCAGCAUGAGUUAGAAAUAAAACAUGCACAGGAAGAGAGAAAACGAGAAAUGGCUGCAGAAGCCGCAGCUCGUGAAAAAGUCAGAUUGCAAAUUGCUCAAGAUAAACUAGAAAGAAAGCAAAAAGAGCUUGUACUACAACAACAAAUGCAACAACAACAACAGCAACAGUAUCAAGAGCUACCCAAAUCUAAUCCGUCCCUCAAUAAUGCAACUGUGACCAGAAUUCAAUUUAGAUUGCCAUCUGGAAAUUCACAUACAGGACAGUUUGAACCAGCCAGUACUUUACGCGCCCUACGCACUUACGUUGUGGAAAACAUCGAAUUGCCCUUCCGACAAUUCACAAUGUCAACGUCAUUUCCCAGAAGAGAAUUGACUAACGAGGAGGAUGACAAGACUCUUCUAGAUCUUGAAUUGGUUCCAACUGCCGUUAUUUUAAUUCUUCCUUUGAAAAAUUCUAAUGUUACAACGGCAGUCACUUCAGCGCAACAUGUGGCCUUUCCCUCUCGCUUCCUAUGGCCUUUCUUCACAGUCUUUAAUUAUGUUUACAACUAUAUAGUAGGAUUUUUUUCUGGCACUAAUAGAGGUGGAGAUCAACAUGACAAUUCUGGCAAUAACGACUCUGCAGAAGCGAAUAACAAUCCUGACAGAGCAACUUCAUCUAAUCGACAAAAUGUAGUUCAAUCUUCGCGUUUGUUUAGAAGAAACCUGGGUAAUCAAGGAGGAACAACGAUUAGGACAGAAGGAAAUGUACACAGACUGCAUUCAGGUGGUGAUGAUGAUGACGAAAAUAAUACUUGGAACGGUAACUCUACGCAGCAAAAUCAAAAUUAAAUAAUAAAAUCACUUUAGCUUUUCACACUCGGUCAUUUUCAGUAUAAUAAUUAUAUAAUUAAUAUAUCACACUACUCUUCGUUAUAUGUUCUUUGUUACAUAACUAUCUGCAAUAUGUUUUUUGCACAAGCAUUAAGAUUUUAAUGAACGAGUUCUAUCACAAUAUUCAAGUAUAUGUCAUUAGAAUUUGUAUCGAAAAUAAGUCAUUUAUUUGGUAUUUUAUAAUCAGUACAAUAAUAUGGAUUAUAAUAAUGUGGAAAUUGUAAAUUAUAUUUAUAAUUUAUACCACAUAUCUUAAUAGCAAAAAAUUGGUCAAAAAUAGAUAAUUGUCAAAAUGGCAGCAUUUGUUUUCAAUCUGCCGACAUAAUAUUUGCUGGGUACUUGUAAUUUUACAUAUUACGAUACCGCAACUAUACAUAUUAUAAUCUUAGAUACAAUGCACACCAGUGUAUUAUAACAAAUUAGAACAGAUUUUAAAGAAAAACUCGUAAAAGUGUUGAGAUACAUGGACCAAAUAUACAAAGUUCCAUAAAAUUCAAAAUUUGAAUUGUGAAGUUAUCGCAGAUGUUCUAAGUUCGAGUAAUGUAACUUCUUUCCCUAUAUUAAUAGUAAAUCAUGUUUUACAAAGGAAUUGUACAAAGUGUCACGCUUCGUUUUUUUAAAUUUUUUGCAAGUUUAAUUAUGACAUAAAAAAAAAUUUGAUCCGUGUUUCGACGUUCAACUUUUUUUGAUGCUCCAUUUACUUGUCAAACAUGAAUAAAAUCGAAGCUUAACACAUGCAAUUCUCUUGUUAAUAAAGUUUGUGGCACACAAUGUUUUGUUUGUUUUUUUUUUUUUAUGCUAGAUUGUAUAUAAAUAACGAUUUGACAAUUUUUUGUUCAAAAACAAACAAUUGACCAAUUCCCAUAUUCGUAUGCAAUCCAAUAUAAAAAUUGUCGUGUGCAACUUUAGUUACUUUUCAUUAAAACUUUUAUUUAGAAAAUUAUUUUUAAAUAAUGCUGUAUAAUUGUU